AUGGAUUGUAAGAUUCUGGACUAUAUGGAAGGCUUCCUGGUCUCCAAGACCCUGUUUACAGUGUGUGAGAUGGGUUUAUUUGAUCUGCUGGCCUCGUCACGCCUGAGCGGUACUGAGAAGCUGUAUCUGACCCGGUCCAUCCACUACAGCUCCAAGACUAUCUACCUCUGCUGGCACUACCUGAUUGAUGCUGUGAGGGAAGGCAGUAACCAGUAUGAGAAGGCAUUUGGUGUCAAAGUUGAUGAUUUGUUUGAAGCCAUGUACAGAGAACGCUUUGUUACCGUCGACAACCAAUCAAUGACCUCAGACAAAGCGAUGGGAGGAGCCCGUAACAAGUUCUAUCCUAAGUUAUCUUUGUCAUUGACUGACAGCAUUGUAUGUAUAGUGGACUUUUUCAAAGACGAGUUGCUAGAAGCUGACCUCUACAUUCUGGCGAGAAUCCUUCAUGACUGGAAGGACACACAGCAUAGAACUACUGAGAAGUCUACAGGGCCUGCAAACCAACUAUACACACCCUCUUCCAUCCCCCUCUCUCUCCUUCAGUCAUUCUCUCUGAUGAGAAAGAUCAGAUGCGAUUUGACUCUCCUUACUCUUCCGCACCCCCCUUCUUCGCCUUGGGUGACUGUGUCAACAAAAGCAUCCUGUCAGACAAGCCCACAAAUACAUACAUACACACACACGCACUUACACACGCACACAAUCUCUGGCCUUUGA